AUGGAACUGUUGAAGAUUAUCGCGGAAGCUUUGCGAGGAGCGUCCAUCGUUAUGAUUUUGGUCAGUUUCUUUCUCUGCAACUGUGGAAUCCUUCAAGCGGACUGGGGUUAUUUCAACAAUGACAUCGCAUUCGGACCAUUAGGAGGCCCCAUCUGCUAUCACAACAAUACGGAGGAUGUACAGAAAUGCAAAGAUGCGUUUCGAGUAAGUUCCACAUGUCUUCUUGGCGUGCAAACCCUAUCCAAAAAAUGGAAAUGCUACCGCCGCGGACCUGAUCCCGUGGCAAAAAACGUACCAUUUUGCAUCCAGGAAGGAACCAAAGUGCCGCAAAACACCUCCCUUAUCUAAGCCAAAGAACCCCGUUUUGAAGAGCGCAACUUUCUUUCAUGAAGAGAGCGCCAGCUCCGAAUGAAUCCGACAAUAUUCGCAAUCAAAAAGCGCGCGCUUUUUUCUCUUCUCAAUUUCUCAUUUUCUGUGAAAAAAACAAUAAAAUUUCGCAAAUACAGAAGGCCAAAAGCACGAAGGACGGAAAGGUCCGCUGUGCGGAAAGGUCCGCUGGACGGAAAGGUCCGCUGUGCGGAAUGGUCCGCUGCGGAAUGGUCCGCUAAAAAAAGGAAAGGGGGGGGAGGUUUUCGAUGGCGCGGGUUUCAAAAAUCGUAUCCAUUUUUUCUGAAUUUUACAAUUUUGCUUAGGCAGGAGUGUUAAUUAGUAAUUUUUUAAAAAUUGUUUUGAAUAAUGGAUUUAGGGGUUUUCGAGGGUGCUGAUCUCAAAAAUCGUAUCCAUUUUUUCUGAAUUUUACAAUUUUGCUUAGGCAGGAGUGUUAAUUAGUAAUUUUUUAAAAAUUGUUUUGAAUAAUGGAUUUAGGGGUUUUCGAGGGUGCUGAUCUCAAAAAUCGUAUCCAUUUUUUCUGAAUUUUACAAUUUUGCUUAGGCAGUAGUGUUAGUUAGUAAUUUUUAAAAAAUUGUUUUGAAUAAUGGAUUUAUUUAGGGGUUUUCGAUGGCGCUUAUGCGAGAUAACAAUGAUUGAUUUUUCUUUCUUUGGGUUUUUCCGAUGACACUUCGCCGAUUUUCUUAAAUGCUACAUUUUGGAAAAAAGGUGUUCUUAAUUGACCGCUCAAUGCCUUCCCAACGUUUAGAAAAAUUAUUUUGAUGAAAAAAGUUUCACACGUAGCGACGUAGUCAGGCUACAUCCCAACGCAGCUUGUAUCUAAAUUACAACAUCAAAUAAGUAAAUGGAAAACACCCGCAUUUACUAAAGUUAAAACCACCGUUACAAUUAGCACAAAAUAAUUCAUAUUUCACAAGGCUGGUAGCCGAUAUUUUCUAACAAAAUGAUCUUUUCCAGCUGUAUACAGAUGAUGUUCGUUGACUGCAAAGUCAUAAACGGGUUGCAGAUAGGCCUCUGUAAAAAGGCAGACUGGCUUUAGAGUUUGCGGCUCCCUCUUGCAAAGAAUGACUGACCCUUAGCUGAAAUUGAUAGGUUUGUAGCAAGUGUAAUAUAAAUUAUAUGUCGUAAUAAAUAAAAGGAAUUGCCACGUCACUUACCAAAAGAAAGCAGCAGGCCUUCGCAAUAGAUUUGAAUUUAGUGAACUCUACCUCCAUUUGUCGAUCGAUAGAACUUCCCUAAAGCAAGAUAAAACAUUUAAAAAAACUUACUUUGAUCUCGAUGGUCAAUGUCGAGCCAUUAAAGACAGCAGCCGCAGUAAUUCCUUGAUCUUGGUCAAAUGAUACCUAAAAUAAGAUAAGUUACUAUAUAAAGCAAAUUUUUGAUGCCUGAACAAAAUAAAAAGCAUUGACUUACAACCUCCUCGAAUUCAGCGGAUACUAGUGUGAUCUGGCCUUUAUUGGAAGUUAUCAGCCGGACUUUAUCCUUUUCAUGUCAACUUAGACUUCUCAGCUCUGAAUAUUCGUGAACAAUCUGCCCAACGGACUUUCCAACCGCACAGUUCCACUUAUUCAACGAUCCAUCAGCUCGAGAGACAGAACUUCAGCUCCUUUAUCGAUAAAUUCGAGACCAGUCACACCUAAAAAUGAAAACACCAAGUAGAAUAUAACUUACGUCUUUUAUGACCAAUCAUUGUUAUCUCGCAUAAGCGCGAUCGAAAACCCCUAAAUAAAUCCAUAACUCGAAACAUUUUUUUAAAAAAUUACUAACUAACACUACUGCCUAAGCAAAAUUGUAAAAUUCAGAAAAAAUGGAUACGAUUUUUGAGAUCAGCACCCUCGAAAACCCCUAAAUCCAUUAUUCAAAACAAUUUUUAAAAAAUUACUAAUUAACACUACUGCCUAAGCAAAAUUGUAAAAUUCAGAAAAAAUGGAUACGAUUUUUGAAACCCGCGCCAUCGAAAACCUCCCCCCCCCCCUGUUCCUUUUUUUAGCGGACCAUUCCGCACAGCGGACCUUUCCGUCCAGCGGACCUUUCCGCACGGCGGACCUUUCCGUACUCAAUCGGCCAAAAGAAAGAGAGAAGCGCAAAAAUCGGCGUUUUUUGAUUGCGAAUAUUGUCGGAUGCAUUCGGAGCUAGCGCUACCUUCGUGAAGGAAAGGGCGCGCUCUUCAAAACGGGGUUUUUUAGCUUAGAGAAAGGAGGUGUUUUGCGACAUUUUGGUUCCUUCCUGGAUGCAAACUGGGACGUUUUUUGCCACUGGAUCAGGCACCUGACUGUACUUUCAGGGCCGCUUCGAUGCUGAUGUUGGACACGCGAUUCUGACGAUUUUGGCACUUGGCCCGGCCUUUUGUUUGAUCGCGUUAUGCGGUUUGAUUCAUAAUGUCUUUUCCGAAAUUUUGGAAACGGCGGCUUCUGGUAUACUUCUCCUAGUUGGAUCAUCAUUAUGUGUGUUGGGUGUUACACUGGCCAACCGACAAACUGCCUACAUGCGUAAGAAUUUUUUAUUUUUCAGCGCAAAACUUUUUUGGCUAUAACAUUAAUUUUCAAUUCUUAAUUUUUUCAGUCCACUUGAACAUUACGGACUUCACAAACAAACCUUCAUACAAAAACGUCUGGAGCCCGGAUAUUUAUGCCGCUGGCUGUGUGUAUUUUAUGGGGAGUUUUGUUUGUGUCGCGUUACUAUUUACUUUGAAACCGUUUCAUAAAUAA